AUGGCCUCAAGACCGGCGUUUGCGGCUCUCGGCUGCCUUCAAUGCCGCAAUCAAGUGCUGAGAGCUGUCACUUCCAAUUCUGCCACCUUCCUUCGAGCUCCCGUUGUCGCAGGAAACACAACUUUGCGACCUCGCAACAACCUACACAGAGCCUUCUCGAGCCUGCCGCCCGACACGCCCAAAACGACAAAUGAGCCGAGCUCGCAAACACCAGAAACCGCCUCAGAGGAAUCCGAACAGCCUGCCGAACAGCCCGAAGCAGCGAACUCUGGCGAGAACGAAGAAACGCCAUGGUUCUUGCAGGUUGAGCCACCGACGCACGCACCGACGCAGCAAGUGUCGCCUUUGCCCGAGCUGCCAGAAUCUUCGCCUCCUUUACUCGAGCCCUUGUUGAAGUACGUCUACGAAGAAAUGGGACUCGACGACCUCUCGCUCCUCGACUUGCGCGCACUCGACCCGCCUCCUGCUUUGGGACCAAACCUUCUCAUGCUGUUUGCGACGGCGCGAAGUGAGCGGCAUCUGCAUGUCUCGUCCUCGCGACUGGUGAAAUGGCUUCGCCAUCACCACAGAAUCGAGGCGAACGCCGACGGACUCAUUGGCCCCGGUGAGCUCAAGACGAAGCUACGGAGGAUGCGGAGGAAAGCAAAGCUACUGGGCACGAGUGCCAUGGCCGCCAAGGGCGGCGACGACGGCAUUUCAACCGGAUGGAUCUGCGUCAACCUCGGAACCAGUGGAUCUACAUACAACGAAGCCGCUCGCUUCGAUGCGGAGGGGAAUAUGUCUGGAUUUGGUGGCCCCGUCACUGGCUCAACCAUUGUCAUUCAGGUCAUGACCGAGUCCCGGCGCAACGAGUUGGACCUUGAGCGUCUGUGGAGCCAGCAACUCAUUCGAAGCCAGGCCCAGGAACGUAAGGUGGCGGAGGAGACUUCUGAAUACCACAACCGCUUCGGAAAGCUGCCCACCACUGCCAAUGUUCGCGCCCGCAGGCCCAACUACGCCAAUGGAACUCAGACGAGAAGCUUCUCGACCCGUCUCUCCCGGCCGACCGAAGCCGCUCAACAGGCCCCCGCCGAGGCGGCUGGUGCAGGUAUUACUCCUUCAGCGAACUCGAACUCUGUCGCAGACCCGCUGAACAAUCACCGCCAGCGUGUUAACGAGAUACGAUGGGAGGGGGCACAGGUCAGCGUCAAGGAGUGCUUGGAUAUCCUAAAAGGCAUCUUUCGCGCGCCUUCAGCCACAGAGGCUGACGGCCAGAAUCAAGCCGAUCUUGCCACGGAAGUCAUUACGACGAUGCAUGAACGGCGCAUGCCGAUUAUGGACCAUGAGAUGCUUGUUACGAUCAUCGAAGCAAUAGCAGCAUCUGGUUCGCAGGCCAAGAAGGUUCUCAGCAUCCAGUCUAACCUGGAAAUGGUCAUGCUGCAGGGAACACAGUCAUCACCAACCGAGGCCCAGCUCGUCCGAUUGAUCAAAGCGUACGCGAACCAGGGUAAUUGGGAACAGCUUUGGGAGGCGUGGAGCGUUCCCGCCCGCUAUAGCCAACGCAGAGGACCGGAGAUGUACAGGGAAGUGUUUGCGGUUUCAUGGCAUACCGGCAACAUGGCCAGAUGUAUCGACACCCUCAGAAAGUGCGUUCAGGAGAUGAGGUUGGAACAGCCGCCGGUGCUGCCAGACAACACCAUCUGGCCCGAUCUGAUGGCAUGCAUCCGGAUUGCCGACCCCAAUGCGGAACACAUCAGCGAGCACAUGGUGUCCAGAGGUGACCAGUCGACCGAAAGCCACAAGGCGGCCAACACGGAGUUUGUCAGGAUGCUGAAAGAGCUCAAGGCCAUGCGACAAAACAUCUGA